UCUGUCCUUCCUGAAGUCCCAUACUGUACUGUACAGGGCCAGACUGGAGAGACUGAUCGCAGCCAGGACGCAGCUCCUCACGCAACAUUGCAAAAUCUUCUCUACUCUUUUUUUCUGUCUCUUGGUUCUCUGAGGGACACAGAGCCAGGGAGUUGGACAGGGACUGCAGCUCUCUCAGUCCCCUAGCAGCCUACCUUCUCUACGGGUGAACCUCAGGACCUCUGCAUCCAUCAGCUCUCCAGAACCCAACCUAAUCCAGCAGAACUACCCCAUCUCACCCAAAAGGGUGACAGCAGAGUCAGCCAGAGAAAACAGGCUCUACUCUACCUCUACAGGUCAUUGAUCUCAGCCCAGCUUUCUGGUAACCAGUACUCAUCCCUCAGAAGGCUCCACCGACCAUCCCUCUUCUCAGCCCAGCGCCACCUCUCAGAUAUGGGGAACCACGGCUCUAACCUGGAUGAUAUCCUGGCAGAGGAUAUGCACCACUGGUACAACAAGUUUAUGAAGGAGUCUCCGUCAGGACUCAUCACACUGUUCGAACUCAAGGGCAUGCUGGGUCUGCAGGGGAUGAACGAGAACGCUACCAGCUACGUGGACCAAGUCUUCUUCACCUUCGACAUGGACGGGGAUGGGUACAUCGAUUUUGUAGAGUACAUCGCGGCCAUCAGUCUGAUGCUGAAGGGAGAAAUCAACCAGAAACUCAAGUGGUACUUCAAAUUGUUUGACCAGGACGGCAACGGGAAAAUCGACAAGGAUGAGUUGGAGACAAUAUUCACGGCAAUCCAGGACAUCACUCGGAACCAGGAUGUCACCCCAGAGGAGAUUGUGUCGCUCAUAUUCAAGAAGAUCGACAUCAACGGAGAGGGUGAGCUGACCCUAGAGGAGUUCAUUGAGGGGGCGAAGGGUCAUGACGACAUCAUGGAGAUGCUGAAGAAGAUGAUGGACCUCACGCCCGUACUCAUCAUCAUCGUCCAAGGAAUAGUAGUCUGAGAGAGGCCUGGCCAACCACUGCCAGAGCCACUAUGUACACCUGCGCCCGGGGAGAGAGAUGACAGAAAGACUUAAGUCCAUUACAAACAUUUACCCCACAAACUAAUAAUUGUGAGAACCUGAGGGAAUGCGUUACCUUAUGAAACAAGACUGUUGUUCCCCAAUGAGACUUCUAUGUCACACUGCCAGGUCUGGGGGUGGAGACAAUAUAGUCCGUACAUAGUGGAUCCUAGGAAGAGAAGCAGCUAACAGGGUUCCGAAUAACUAAUUAAUAAAUAGUCCCAGACUGCUGAAGACUGAGGCAUCCAGUCCUAUACUGCAGCCCACUAACCACCCACAGAUGACGGGAUGGAUGAAGGGAGGAAGACAUUGAGAGACCCUUUUUGAACACCAUCACAACAAACAAACUGAAUGAAAGAGAACAUUUAAAGGGACAGCUAUGGAGAGCGGUAAAGAUACCAUCUUCACAUUCUACCUGUUUGUGUUUGCUCUCUGACCACUCAGCAAGAUGAAGACUUGGAUUCUGAGAGAGAGAGAAUUCCCUAUCAUAAAUCAUCACUAUAGGGCCAGGAGUUUUCCUGACCAAUUGACCGCGACAAGGAGAUGCUUUGGGCUUUAAUUAUAGGCUAUGUUCAGGAGUCAGGUCACAUGGUCAGGUAAAGGUCUUGUGUCGAAUCAUCUCCUCUGUAGGUAUGACCAUAAACGGGCACAGAUAGAGACCCUAGGGGUUCUGAUGUGCCUGCCCCUUUUCCCUGCUUUCGAUUGGUGGAAUUACUUUGUUCUUUUUUUCCCUAUCCCCCUCUUGAGACACCAGGAGAGCCGAGAGCGUCAUGUUGCCAUUUUUAAAGUCACGCACCCUCCCCCCGUCCUUGACUUUUCCUUAAUAAGUCUAUAUUACACAGAAUCUUAUUAUCACAAACAGAAUUUGUCUUAUAAGAGGUUUUAAGAGGUCAUUUCUUGUCCCUGCCCCUCAUUCACCAUCAGUCAUUCACACUCAGUCAGCCUGCCCAGCUGAUGGCCCAUCGAAACUGCACCUAAACUAUAUCGAAACUAAUUUCACACAUAUAAUAAUAGAAUUAGCCUAAAGACAAGAUUACAUUGACAAUAGUCUGAUGGGUGACAAUAUUAUCAAUUGUCAAAUUGUAUAUGAAGAGAUGGGCGCAGCUUGGAAUUGACAGAGGCAGGGAGCGCUAAAAAGUCCCUUUUUCAAACCCUUCUGCAGAGUUACAUGCAUGUAAGAUGUUUUGAUGUCUAUGUAGUAUUAGAAAGAGCAGAUUCUGCAGUUUCUUAUACAAUUACCUUUGUCAAAUAAUGCUGCAAAUGUACUGUACAUACACAGUUUAUUAGGUACACCCAUCUAGUACUGGGUCGGGACCCGCCUUUGCCUUCAGAAUAGCCUGAAUUCUUCGGGGAAUGAAUACUACAGGUCGGAAACUUUCCACAGGGAUGUUGUUCAUACUGACGCGAUGGCAUCAUGCAGUUGCUGUAGAUUGGACAGUGGUACACCACCACCCCGCCUGUACCGUUGACAUCAGGCAGGAUGGGUCCAUGGACUCAUGCUGCUUACGCCAAGUCCUGACUCUGCCAUCAGCAUGACGCAACAGGAAGAGGGAUUGGUCGGACCAGGCAGUGUUUUUCAACUCCUCAAUUGUCCGGCGUUGGUGAUUGCGUGCCCACUGGAGACGCUUCUUCUUGCUGGUAGGAAUGGAACCCGGUGUGGUCGUCUGCUGCAAUAGCCCAUCUGUGAGGACCGACGAGUUGUGCAUUAGCCUACAAUGUGUGAUGUUGUUUUGUUGAAAAUGAAGGCCUAUGCAAAACAAUCAAUAAUGGUGAAUUUGGCAAAAGGAGAAGUAGAACACUUUGAAUUCAAAACCUGCUCCAUCAAAGGUCUGUGCACGACCCUGAUCACAAAUCAUGAAUCUCUAUUAUCAAUCUAGUCCAGUCUUUCAGGUCUUCGGUCUGUGAUGUUUGCUCGGUGCACACACACGUCUCUAUCAUAUCUAUCUCUAUCACUAUCUACUAAUCAUAGUAGUCAUCAUUGGGCUAGCUAGCAACAUGACUGAAGUAAAAAAUCAGAAGUAGGCUUUCAAGAUCAUAUCAUGAUUUUCCAAACAUUUUGGAGGCAAAGUAGACUACUACAGUGUAUGAUUUACAUAUGAUGUGAAAGGUGUGACUACAGUGUGACUCUGUAGUUCAUUACUUCCUGUAUGUUUCUCAGUUAUCUGUAAUACCGUUUCCAGAGCCACUGUGGAAGGAACCAAGAAUUCCUUUCAUGACAAUUUCACAACAAUUUCAUUAUGGGAAUUCAAAUGAAUGCUGUAAGUAUUGUUUAAUUUGUCUUAAAUAUCAAAUCAAAUCAAAUGUAUUUAUAUAGCCCUUCGUACAUCAGCUCAUAUCUCAAAGUGCUGUACAGAAACCCAGCCUAAAACCCCAAACAGCAAGCAAUGCAGGUGUAGAAGCACAGUGGCUAGGAAAAACUCCCUAGAAAGGCCAAAACCUAGAGAGAAACCAGGCUAUGUGGGGUGGCCAGUCCUCUUCUGGCUGUGCCGGGUGGAGAUUAUAACAGAACGUGGCCAAGAUGUUCAAAUGUUCAUAAAUGACCAGCAUGGUCAAAUAAUAAUAAGGCAGAACAGUUGAAACUGGAGCAGCAGCACGGCCAGGUAGACUGGGGACAGCAAGGAGUCAUCAUGUCCUGGGGCAUGGUCCUAGGGCUCAGGUCCUCCGAGAGAGAGAGAGAAAGAAAGAGAGAAUUAGAGAGAGCAUAUGUGGGGUGGCCAGUCCUCUUCUGGCUGUGCCAGGUGGAGAUUAUAACAGAACAUGGCCAAGAUGUUCAAAUGUUCAUAAAUGACCAGCAUGGUCGAAUAAUAAUAAGGCAGAACAGUUGAAUAUAGUUAAAUAUAUUUUUAUACUGAUAAGAAGGCUAGAAUGAAAGGCUUCCAAGUGUUGUAUCUAAUAAUUUAUGUUUUUAUAUAUUAUUAUAUGAAAUCAUAUAUUCAUAUAUUAUUAUAUGAAAUCAGAUUUUGAUUUGUCAACUGACAUCUGAAAAAGUACAACGGGUGAACAAAAUGCAUAUUCCUUUGAGCAUGGUGAUUUUAUUAAUUACACUUUGGAUGGCGUAUCAAUACACCCAGUCACUACAGAGAUACAGGCGUCCUUUCUAACUCAGUUGCCGGAGAGGAAGGAAACCACUCAGGGAUUUCACCAUGCCAAUGAUGACUUAAAAACAGUUUGAGUUUAAUGGCUUUGACAGGAGAAAAUGGAGGAUGGAUCAACAACACUGACCUAAAUAACAGAGUGAAAAGAAGGAAGCUUGUACAGAAUACAAAUAUUGUUUGCAAUAAGGCAGUAAAGUAAAACUGCAAAAAAUGUGGCAAAGAAAUCAACGUUUUGUCUUGAAUACAAAGUGUUAUGUUUUGGUCAAAUCCAACACAACACCACUGAGUACCACUCUUUAAAUUUUCAUGCAUAGUGGUGGCUGCAUCAUGUUAUGGGUAUGCUUGUCAUCAGCAAAGACUAGAGAGUAUAGAACUAAGCACAGACACAAUCCUAGAGGAAAACCUGGUUCAGUCUACUUUUCAACAGACACUGGGAGACAAAUUCACCUUUCAGCAGGACAAUAACUUAAAACACAAACUGGAGUUGCUUACCAAGACGAUGUUGACUGUUCCUUAGUGGCCUAGUUCCAAUUUUGAUUUAAAUUGCCUUGAAGAUCUAUGGCAAGACUUUAAAAAAAGGACUGUUUAGCAAUGAUCAACAACCAACUUCAGAGCUUGAUUUUUUUUUUAAAGAAACGUACCCAGAAAGACUCACAGCUGCAAUCGCUGCCAAAGGUGCAACGUUUUGACUCAGCGGUGUGAAUACUUAUGUAAUUUAGGUAUUUCUGAAUUUAAUUCUAAACAUGUUUUCACUUUGUCGUUAUGGGGCAUUGUGUGUAGAUAGGUGAGAAAAAAAAUCAAUUGAAUCAAUAUGAAUUUAUGCUGGAACAUAACAAAAUCUGGAAUAACUCAAGGGGUAUGAAUACUUUCUGAAGGCAUUGUACGUUGACUUCUAUUACAUAUGUGCAGUCAUGGCUACUUUGGUUGUCAGACUUGUGUAUAAAAUAGGAAUCUCUAAAUAUGUCAUGUGCGACAACACAAUCCACCGACUGAGCAAAGGAACAUGCCCUUAACUGUGUUUGUCACAGAGCCACAAAGUCAUAAUUAUGUCUAAUUAUGCCGGCCAUUUCUACAAUUUUUCUUUUAAUCUUAACCACACUGCUAACCCCUUUUUAUUUUUUUAUCUCAUCGCUGCAACUCCGCAACAUGCUUGGGAAGUGAAGGUCAAGCCAUGAGUUCCCCUAAACAUGACCUGCCAAACCAUGCUUCUUAACUUAGGUCGACCCGACACGCAGGCGUCCCAUCUAGACAUCUGGAAAUGCAAAUGCGCUACGCUAAAUGCUAAUAGCACUCGUUAAAACUCAAACGUUCAUUAAAACACACAUGCAGGGUACUGAGUUAAAGCUACACUCGUUGUGAAUCCAGCCAACAAGUCAGAUUUUUUAAAUGCUUUUCGGCGAAAGCAUGAGAAGCUAUUAUCUGAUAGCAUGCAACACCCCAAAAGACCCGCAUGGGACGUAAACAAAAUAAUUAGCAUAGUCGGCACUACACAAAACGCAGAAAUAAAAUAUAAAACUUCAUUACCUUUGACAAUCUUCUUUGUUGGCACUCCUAGAUGUCCCAUAAACAUCACUAUUGGGUCUUUUUUCGAUUAAAUCGGUCCAUAUAUAGCCUAGAUAUCGAUCUAUGAAGACUGUGUGAUCAAGGAAAAAAACAGCGUUUUAUAACGCAACGUCAUUUUUAAAAUUAAAAAAGUCGACGAUAAACUUUCACAAAACACUUCGAAAUACUUUUGUAAUGCAACUUUAGGUAUUAGUAAACGUUAAUAAUCUAUCAAAUUGAUCACGAGGCGAUGCAUAUUCUAUAGCUCUACGUCUUGAAAUAAUGUCCGGAUAAAUCUCAACCAAAAUAUCCGGUCGGAGACCGGAAGAAAUGGUCUGUCUCUUCUUCGUUUGACCAAGAAACAAAGCCUAGGCAAUUGACAAGACUGGUGACAUCGUGUGGAAGCUGUAGGAAUUGCAAUCUCGGCUCCAGGUAAUGUGGUUUCCAUUCAACAAUACAUUCAAGUGGCGCAUUGAUAUAUUUUCCAAUUUUCAGUGAUCAGAUUUUCCUGCGCUUUUCGAUGAAACGCACGUUCUGUUAUAGUCACAGCCGUGAUUUAACCAGUUUUAGAAACAUCUGAGUGUUUUCUAUCCACACAUACUAAUCAUAUGCAUAUACUAUAUUCCUGGCAUGAGUAGCAGGGUGCUGAAAUGUUGCGCGAUUUUUAACAGAAUGUUCGAAAAAGUAGGGGGUAGGAUCAACAGGUUAACACCUGCCCACUUAACCCGGUAGACAGCCACACCAACAUGUCAGGAAACAUUAUUCAACUGACAACAGAGGUCAGCCUGCAGACGCCUGGCUCGCCACAAGGAGCCACUAGAACGCAAUGAGCCAAGUAAAGCUCCCCGGCCAAACCCUCAUGACCCUGGGCCAAUUGUGUGAUUCAGCCCAGGAUUGAACCCGGGUCUGUAGUGACUCCUCUAGCACUGAGAUGCAGUGCCUUAGACUGUUGCACCACUCGGGAGGCCCCACACUGCUAACCUUAUAUCAAAUUAAGACCAAAAGCUAUUUUUUGCCCAUUUUUACUUGGCCAUGAAAGCUAGUGGAAAUCUUUAACUGUCAAAGAACGACUGAACUUCCUGAUUUGGCCUUGUUUUGAAGCUUGGUUAAGAAAUGCAAAAAAAAUAGUUACCUUGGGGGUGUGGUUUGAUUUGGGUGUUUCUUGGGGGUGUCUUUGCCAUUCAAUCACAACAAACAAGGGAAGUAGUGAGUACAGUGAGGUAAGCUAAGCUAUUGUAGCUUUUCUAUGGAGAGAACAAAGUCUUGAACUUGAGGACCCCUAAAGACUGACUCGCCAUCUCAAGAAAUUCAGUUCUAUGUGUAGGUUAAAGCCUAGUCUCGUACGAACCAUCCUGAUGUAAGCUCAUGAGAUCAAGAUGGUUCGUACCAGGCUAGGUUGAGGAGGGAUUUGCUGCUUAGGUAGAUCUGGUUGUCGUUGGUGUAGUAUUGGAAGUCAAGGUUGAGGUGGUAGAGGAUCUGACCAAGGGGGAGGAUUUAGAUGAUGAUGAGUAAGGGGUCCGGCACACAAAAUGUGUCUUGAAGAUUAAUAUCUUAUAUUCUGAGAACAUAGCAACCAUGUUCUGUGUAUGUUUGGUAUGAUGUUGACGGAAUAUUAUCCUAACCCUCAAAAUUAGACACAGGAAUAUUCCUGCAAGGUUCCAAUGAAACAUGUCUAGAACAUUCAUACUGAAUAUUCUGAGAAAAUGGUAACCACGUUAUGGGUAAAUUCUUUUUGACAUUUAGGGUAUGGUCUUAUGGAAACAGUUCUUUCACAUCACUGGAACAUUCCUAUGAAAACUGUAGGUAAUGACCUAAUGAAACUCUUAAGGGAACGUCUCGAAAAUCGUGAGAAUGCUGUUAGCUGGGGGUCUACUGUAUAUAUUUUUAAUGCAGACAUCUCGUGCUCUUGACUGCCAAGUGUUUUGUCUCACUAGGGGUGAUGGUCAGAUUCGCGUUUAUGGUUAAAGGAAUGAGCGUUACACCGAGGCCUGUACUCUGGAGCGGGAUCGAUUGGAGGUGGAGGGUCCGUCAUGGUCUGGGCGGUGUGUCACAGCAUCAUCGGACUGAGCUUGUUGUCAUUGCAGGCAAUCUCAACGCUGUGCGUUACAGGGAAGACAUCCUCCUCCCUCACCCUUCCUGCAGGCUCAUCCAGGCACUUAAAUCUUUUGUCUUGCCCAUUCACCCUCUGAUUGGAUAAGUAUUCAACCCCCUGAUGAAAUACAUGCUAGAACCACCUUUGGCAGCAAUUAAAGAUGUGUGCCUCUCUGGGUAAGUCUCUUAGAGCUUUGCACACCUGGAUUGUACAAUAUUGUCACAUUUUUCUUACAAAUAUUCUUCAAGCUCUGUCAAGUUGGUUGUUGAUCAUUGCUAGACAGCCAUUGUCAAGUCUUGCCAUAGAUUUUCAAGCUGAUUUAAGUCAAAACUGUAACUAGGCAACUCAGGAACAUUCAAUAUCGUCUUGGUAAGUAACUCCAGUGUAUAUGUGGCCUUGUGUUUAAGGUAAUUGCCUGCUGAAAGGUGAAUUUGACUCCCAAUGUCCGUUGGAAAACAGACUGAACCAAGUUUUCCUCUAGGAUUUUGCCUGUGCUUAUGAAAAUAUGAAGAGUGGUACUCAGUGACGUGUUUUAUUGGAUUUGCCCCAAACAUAACAAUUUGUAUUGAGGACAUAAAGUUAAUUUCUUUGCCACAUUUUUUUGCAGUUUUACUUUAGUCCCGUAUUGCAAACAGGAUGCAUGUUUUGGAAUAUGUUUAUUCUGUACAGGCUUCCUUCUUUUCACUCUGUCCUUUACAGUAUGUUAGUAUUGUGGAGUAACUACAGUGUUGUUGACCCAUCCUCAGUUCCCAUCCUCAUCACCUAUCACAGCCAUUAAAUUCUGUAACUAUUUUAAAAUCACCAUUGUCCUCUUAGUGAAAUCCCUGAGCGGUUUUCCUCCUCUCCGACAACUGAGUUAGGAAGGACGCCUGUAUCUUUCUAAUGACUUGGUGUAUUGAUGCACCAUCCAAAGUGUAAUUAAUAACUGCACCAUACUCAGAGAUAUUCAAUGUCAGUUUUCUUUACUCAUGUACCAAUAGGUGCCCUUCUUUGCUAACCAUUGUAAAACUUGCCAGGUCUUUGUGGUCGAAUCUGUGCUUGAAAUUCACUGCUUGACUCAGGGACCUUACAUAUAAUUGUAUGUGUGGGGUACAGAGAUGGGGUAGUCCAUGCAACUUAUUAUGUGACUUGUUAAGCACAUUUUUACUCCAGAACUUAUUUAGGUUUGUCAUAACAAAAAGGUUGAAUACUUAUUGGCUCAAGACAUUUUUUUAUUAAUUUGUAAACAUUUCUAAAAACACAAUUCCACUUUGAUAUUAUGGGGUGUUGUGUGUAGAUCAGUGACAAAAAAUCUCUAUUGAAUCCAUUUUAAAUUCAGGCUGUAACAAAAUGGGAAAAGUCAAAGGGUGAGAAUACUUUCUGAAACCACUAAAGCUGUUCUACAAGUGGUCUCAGGCAGUCGGUAAAUAAUGAGCGUUUUCAAGUGGAACUUUAGUAACAAUGGUUUAGGGAAAACGUUCUGAGAUUUAUGCUCCUAUGAAGGUUCUAAUGAUGAAAUUUGCCUUAAGAUGCUUUUGGGAAUCUGGGCCCUGCACAGGUUUGACUGAAUAAGGUGUACUCCUCUGUCACGAUGUGAACCUUUUUGGGUAUAGCUAGUGGCUUCCCCCUCGCUCUCUCCUACACCCAGGUUCUGUUAUCGCAGGUCGAUAAAUUCCUGGAGGAGACUCUCCCCCGGCCGAAAGAGACACAUAGAGAGAACAAAGGUUUUCACAUGGCGAACUCCCAAAUCCCCAAAAUGAGGAUUUGAUACAAAAUGUCCACUUGUGGGAAUGGUCCGUGGACACUUAUGAUAGAUAUGACGAGUGUGUUUCAUUUGGUGACCUCAAGAGAGGACAGGAAACACACAUGACUAUAUUUAUGAAUACAGUUCAGAAUAUUUGGCCAAGGAAACAUUUCUGGUUGGUCUCAGGGACGGUAAAACAGUUAGGAAGGGAGACUUUUAAAACAGGAUUGAGUGAAGUAGCAGCAUGUUAAAGAGCAACUAAUGAGCAUGGAGAGCCUCACAAGUUUGACAAUGAUCUUUUACAGUUGAAGUCGGACGUUUACAUACACUUAGGUUGGAGUCAUUAAAAAUUGUUUUUCAACCACUCCACACAUUUCUUGUUAACAAACUAUAGUUUUGGCAAGUCGGUUAGGGCAUCUACUUUGUGCAUGACAAGUAAUUUUUCCAACAAUUGUUUACAGACAGAUUAUUUCACUAAUAAUUCACUGUAUCACAAUUCCAGUGUGUCAAGUUUAUAUACACUAAGUUGACUGUGCGUUUAAAAAGCUUGUAAAAUUCCAGAAAAUGAUGUCAUGUCAAAAUGAUCUAUAUCCACAGUAAAACAAUAUCCUAUAUCGACAUAACCUGAAAGGCCGCUCAGCAAGGAAGAAGCCACUGCUCCAAAACCACCAUAACAAAAGUGAGACUACGGUUUGCAACUGCACAUGGGGACAAAGAUUGUACUUUUUGGAGAAAUGUCCUCUGGUCUGAUGAAACAAAAAAUAGAACUGUUUGGCCAUAAUGACCAUCAUUAUGUUUGGAGGAAAAAGGGGGACGCUUGCAAGCUGAAGAAUACCAUCCCAACCGUGAAGCACGAGGGUGGCAGCAUAAUGUUGUGGGGGUGCUUCGCUGCAGGAGGACCUGGUGCACUUCACAAAAUUCAUAUCAUGAGGCAGGAAAAUUAUGUGGAUAUAUUGAAGCAACAUCUCCAGACAUCAGUCAGGAAGUUAAAGCCUUCCAAAUGGACAAUGACCCCAAACAUACUUCCAAAGUUGUGGCAAAAUGGCCCAAGGACAACAAAGUCAAGGUAUUGGAGUGAUCAUCACAAAGCCCCGACCUCAAUCCUAUAGAACAUUUGUGGACAGAACUGAAAAAGAGUGUGUGAGCAAGGAGGCCUACAAACCUGACUCAAUUAAACCAGCUCUGUCAGGAGGAUUGGGCCCAAAUUCACCCAACUUAUUGUGGGAAGCUUGUGGAAGGGUACCUGAAGUGUUUGACCCACGUUAAACAAUUUAAAGGCAAUGCUACCAAAUACUAAUUGAGGUUAUGUAAACUUCUGACCCACUGGGAAUGGGAUGAAAUAAAUAAAAGUUAAAAUACAUAAUUCUCUCUCCUAUUAUUCUGACAUUUCACAUUCUUAAAAUAAAGUGGUAAUCCUAAUUGACCUAAGACAGGGAAUUUUUACUAUGAUUAGAUGUCAGAAAUUGUGAAAAACUGAGUUUAAAAUAUUUGGCUGAGGUGUAUGUAAACGUCUGACUUCAACUGUAUGUACAUUUCUCAAUUAUGGGGUGUCCAUCUAAUUGUUGUAUAAAAUGAAUGAGUAAAGAUGAAACUAUGUGUGAAAUGCUGUAAUAUGACGUUAAACCUUUAAUGUGAAAUAAUUGUAAUUCCCUUUAAAGUUUAACUAAGUAAUUGGCCCGCCCCCGUGAGCACAGGAAUGAUCUGGCGUCAUUGGAACCGCCCUUUUCUGCUGUUACGAAUAAAACCCCUCCUGAGGAAAUCCUCUUCAGACCACGUGUAUAAAACCCCCUCCUGAGGAAAUCCUCUUCAGACCACGUGUAUAAAACCCCCUCCUGAGGAAAUCCUCUUCAGACCACGUGUAUAAAACCCCCUCCUGAGGAAAUCCUCUUCAGACCACGUGUAUAAAACCCCCUCCUGAGGAAAUCCUCUUCAGACCACGUGUAUAAAACCCCCUCCUCAGGAAAUCCUCUUCAGACCACGUGUAUAAAACCCCCUCCUGAGGAAAUCCUCUUCAGACCACGUGUAUAAAACCCCCUCCUGAGGAAAUCCUCUUUAGACCACUUGUACCUCGAUGGACACAGGGGGCACAGGUUGAGUUUAGACCACAAAAACCUCAGUACAAGCUUAGGUUACAAUGGUUGUUGAAUUCCUAACCAUACCACGUGGAGCAUUGGCUUCACGGGUGGAAAUGGUUAAACUCUGAGACUAUCGAGCCCGACAGAAUAAAAGCAAAUCUUAGAUACUAAUUACUAGUCUGCAGCUAGAAAAUAUGUCAAUCUGGGAUGCGAAGACCGACAACCGCCGAAACCUCUAUUCUAUGAGAUCAUUUCUGAAUGGUACUCUGAUGUACACAUUCUAACCACGAAAUACUUUCGAUCUUCAGGGAGGCAGAGAGAGAGACGAUGAUGAACUGACCCUCCAACAGAAGGACUGACGAUUCCAACAGAGAUCACGAUGACACACUGGGCGUAAAUAUAUAUAUAUAUUGAUUGCAAUUAUUCCCGAAUGAGUGAGCGUUCAUGUGCAAAGGAUUAGCAUUUCAAUUAAUAUAAUUAUCAACUGUGUAGUGACUCAUUUUGUCUUUCCCGCCGUUCUCAGUCCUCACCCACUUCCCUUUGUCCACCAAGCCAUCAUAUCGGCUUAGCCCACUAGGGAACGUCCCAUAUCAUUUCCUUGUAACUAUAACUGUUGUUUGUUUAUGCAUUUCUGUGAUUAUUUAGUUAGUUAGUAAAUUAAUUAUUAAGACAAUUGGUGUAUGGAUGAUUCAUAGUGAAGGCUGGGUUCGUGCACAUAACCAACAAUUUACAACAUUUGGAAUGAGACUAACGUGAGGUAAAGAAUAAUUCAUUAAUUAGAAGGAUAAUUGAUCAGAUAUUAAAAUAUCUGAAGAGUUAUAUUAGGAAAAUGAUAACUUUGUAAUCUGAAUAUUUCCAUUGGUGCCCCGACUUCCUAGUUAAUUACAUUUACAUGAUUAGUUUAAUCACACAAUAAUAAUUACAGAGAAAUGAUUUGAUAAAAUAACAGUCUUCAAUGUAAUGAUGCCAAAGACACGACACCUCAAGGGUGAUUAAUACUAAUUGGCACAGGUUUCUACUUUUCCUGUUAUGUGUUGUUGGCUAUGUGUGUAUUGCGUUGUUGUGAAGAAGAGAGACAAUGUGGUGGCACAUCUGUGGCUAGGUUUCUAUACAAUUGGCUAAAUAAAAUAUGCAAUCUUUU